CAUCACACCACAUCCUCGUCUGUCUCCUUGGCACCAAACGCAUCCUGACUGAUCAAAAGUUUGACUCACUAUGCCUUCUAUCAACCUCGACGGAUUGGACAACAGAGUCAUACGCGCAUUACGCGAAUUCGUGGCGCACUUGCGCAACUCAAGAAGAGACGUCCAAAUUGUUGCUGUCAAUGCCCUCGACAACAUAUUCGCACUUCUCAAUCCACUUCAACUUUCUGUCGAGUCGGACGGCGAUGAUUCUGGUGGUUCUGAGCACGGUGCUGACAACGAUGCUGUGGAUCUCUUGCACGCCACAAAUGCAACGGUUGCGAGAUUGAUGUAUGGUGCAUCGAAUCGCGAAAAUGCUCCAGCCGCUGCAGAGCAGCACUCUGAGCACAGAGGCUCAACACAUUCUUCACAAUCGUCUCACUCUUAUCCUAUCGGUGACUUUGCCGAUGGUUUCAACGUGGCCGAGCCCUCAAGCAUUGUUCCCUAUGCAGCGGCUUCUGGAGAGUCGAGGCAGCUGUCUUCGAGGGCACCUUCGCCGCCACCGGUAGCUUCAACGUCGCGAACCUCACUGGUUCCCCAGUUGACUCAGCGCAGCGAUUGGCUGUCCGGCAGAGCGAGUCAACCUCAACUGCAGAGUCCUGUCCCUUUGCGCCACACGCAUAAUCCCUUUCGGUCGUCGCGUCCUGGAAUUUUCUACGAGGAACAAUACCAUCCGAUCGCCCUCAGAGAGAACCGCUCCGUCAGUGCUAUGAAUCCAUCCCAUCCUCUUCUGAUUAGUUUUUCCGACUACGCCGACUCAGUUGCUCGCCCCGGCAGUCAGCCAUACCAUGCUAUCUCACUUACCGGUGCAUUCAACGAAGUGCCGUCGAACGUUCCGUGGUUGGCACCUCCUCUGCUUGAUGCCCGAAGGCCACUUUCUGCACCUACCGGCGUUGUCAACUCAGAGCAGGGGAACAGACUGUACCAGGAACGGCUCGCUGAUUCGGAUGAUGCUCCUUCAUUUCCUACCCUGGCGGUAGAACCCGCUGGACGUACCACUGCGGAGUCUCAGGCCACCGCUAUAAAACAAGAAGAAGCAGAAGUUGAUGAAUUAGACAGCAGCGAUGAGGAACGAGCUGUGGCUUCCCCAGAUGAGAAUGCUGUAAACAAUCCCGAGGCCGCGCUUCCUACGGGCAGUUCUCGCUCCGACUGGGUGACUGUCACUCCAACGAGACAGUGGAGAACACAGGUGGACUGGAACAACGGUAUUGGGGCUGGAGAUCAUACAGAGAGUGGAGAUGAGACGAGCUCUCCAAGUGCAGAAUCCGACUCUCCCGGGGGAGACAUCCUGCCACAAUUCCCUCUCACACAGAAUCGCCGCAAUGAACGCUCACAAGGUCCUUCUCCAUCUCCGCGCAUUAGAACUCGUCCGCCUCCUCGCCUCGCGCAUCUCUUGGAGCUUACGGGAAGUUCUUCCAUAGCGUCCUCUGACGCGCCCGUUGCCGGCCCAGGCCCAUCCACGCUUGCGAGUCGUGAUACGAGGAGCCUUCGUUCUUCGCACAUGGAAUCAAUUCUGUCCCUUGACCGUUCUCCUACACGACCUCAAACGUUUUCAGCGAUCGAGCUACCCAGCCCUGUGUCGCACAAUCACUACGCUGAUCAUCAACUGCUCUCGCCUCUUCCUGUACCUCUUCCCGCUACGCCUGCUCAUUUUCCUCCGGCUUCCCUGUCGCUAGUCUCCCCUGCGGGCCAUGACGCACUCUUGCCUGCACCUCAUCAAGCACUUCCUCAUAUUCCCCUUGCUGUGGACCCUCCUUCUCUCCGCGGCUCUCCUUCGUCGCUCCACGAGCCUCUCCGUUCACAAGUCGAGGCAUCUUCUGUUGCGGACGCUGCCCUCGCGAGCGGUCUAUCGCAUUCACCUCUCGUGCUUCCCCCACUGCCCUCCACUGAUAUGGAUCCUGCCGCAGAACCUUUUACACUCCAUCAACCUCUCUUUCCGAUCGGUCUAUCUAACCGUUCUCUUCUCAACCCAUCUCCCGCUGCGAAUGUCUCGGAUGCCAGCGGCACGAUCGCCGGCACUUCUGCAAAUGAGGACGUUGUUAGGAAUGAGCAUGGUGCUGUUGAGCCUGUUGCUGGCAGUUCUUCUCAGCCGAUGAGGAGGGUCCUUCGUCCUCGCGGCACAAAGCGUCCAAGAGAUGACAGAGAUGAUGAAGAGAACCAACCUGAGGAACCGGUUGCGGGUAGUUCUACCGAUAUAAGGCAGAAGAAGCCUGCGCCCCGCAGUCGGAAGCGUUCAAGAAAUGAUACAGAUGAAUCAGGUGCGACAUCCGAGGCGAAGUCCAAGAAAGGUAAGGGUAAAGCUCCCGCGAAACCACGGCGACGGUAGACAUGUUGAGGAGGGCUCCUUUGGGACAGUUCAAUGUGCUGACUUACUAUUUUAUCCUACGAUGCAUCUUUAAUGUGUGUAAUAUUUGAUACCCUUGAUCCAAUUCUUUUGUUCACUCGCC